AUGUCUUAAUAAAGAAGACCAAAUAGUUAGUAGAAGAUGACAUAGAAUAUAGUAAAAAAGUAAUUUGAUAUUAGACAUAAUCAAUUAACAAUUUAAAGAGUUAAUUAUAGUAAUAGAGAUAAAAUAAUAGAUGGUGUGAAUAAAAAAUAAAUAAAGAACUUUUCGAUUUUUUGUCAUAAAUAAAUUUACAAUAAUAUUAUGGAAAGAUAGCGUAGCAUUGUGAGGGUAGUUUAUAGUAACUGAUUGAAAUGAAGUAAAUAAAUGAAUUAAAUAAAUCAGAUCAACGAAAGAUAUUAAGGACUUACCAUUUGGAUAUCAAAUUAAAUUAUAGGUAUAAAGACUUGAUUAAAAUUGAGAAAGCGAUUGAGAAGAUGUCUAAGGAAGCAGGAAAUAAAAUAUCUCCGAUUUAGAAAAUAGAAUAGAGAUUAUAAAAUGAUUAGAAAGAAUGUUGUUGGAUAUGUUUUUAAUUGAUAUUUGAAAGCAUAGAUUGUUAUGGGAAGAAAAUGUGUUCUGAAAAAUGUAAAUAAAUGUAUUUGAAAGAGAUAUAAGUAAGGAAGUCUAAAUUAAAAUAAGAUAAAUUGUAAGAGAUGUGGAAGAGUGAAACCUAAAUAUGAUGCAAUUAAUUCAUAUGGAGAAUGGUACUGUAAAUAAGAAUGUGUUUAUAGUGAGGAGGAAUUAAUGUUUUUGUUAAUAAAAUAGAGUCAAUCAAAGAAAUGAG